UGACGUGUUCGUACUUCUUCCGGGUCUCUCGCUCCUGGCAUGGUUUUCGGAUUUGUGUACCCACAUAACUUAAAACAUUGGAAAAUAAGAUGAGUUCUCAGAAAGGUAAUGUCUCUCGGUCGCGCGCCCAGAAGCAUCAAAACUCCACUGCCUUCAAAAACGACAAGUACGGAGCGACUGUACAAGUGAAGAAGGCAAAAUCAAAGAUCCACGAUGGGCUCUGUCAACAUUGCAAGGGUGUUCUUGAGUGGAAAGUGAAGUACAACAAAUACAAGACACUAACACAGCCCCGAAAAUGUGUCAAGUGUUCUCAAAAGAAUGUGAAGGAUGCGUAUCACAUCAUUUGUAAGCCCUGUUCCCUUCAGCUAGAGAUCUGCUGCAAGUGUGGGAAGAAAGAGGACAUCGUUAUUCCAUUAAACUCACAAGUGGACAAGACAGACCAAGAAGAAGAUGGUGAGCAGAGAAAGAAAGGACAUGGACGAGGGAAGAAGGACACGGAUAACUUGGACAGUGAUGAUUGUGAUGAUGAUGAUGACUUAAGUGACUUCGGAGAUGACGAUGAUGAUGAGGGAGAGGAUUUCGACUCAGUACCAAAGAAGUCACAGGACAAGUCUGAUGUGCUCCCAGAUGUAUCCCAAGUCCAGGUUAAAGACUAAAGACAUUGAAAUGGACUGUUCUCUUUCAUUUGUUUUUACAUAUACACAAAACAGGUUUUCUGAUCAAGAGAUGAGAUGUGAUCACACUGAAAUUAAGUGAUGCACAUCAACAAUUGUUGCUGGUUUGAUGCAAAACCUGGAAAAUGAGUUGUCAACACCGGGGCAGAUGAUUCAGGAAGAUUUCAGAUGGUUAUAUGUCAGUUUCAUUUAAAUAACCUUUAGUACAAAAAAUAAGAUUAAUUAAUUCAUGUAUAUGUAAUAAAAAAAACCUGUACAUUGUGUAAAUCCAUUUUAACUUCAUUUAUCCAAGAUAACAAUUAAUUUCACUAUAAUUGACCAAAUGGAGGCCUUGUGGUAUUGGCAGCACUAUAAGCAGAAGUACGGUAGAGGUUGUUUAAGUAUAAGGGGAACCGAUUCUAAAAUAUCGACUCUGUCAGGCACACUCAUAUUUCAUAUUUACACUCACUUGUUCCAUUUUUGUUGAAGAUGUUUUAGAGAACUGUUGAUUUCAACUUUACGAUACUUUUGGAGACUUCAGCUUGUGAUGCUGUUGAAUUAUAUUGUCUUAGAAUAGAGGUCGACAUUUUAAGUGUGUUGAAAUAUGUCAGAAUAUUGCUAGACUUUCUAUCCUCUCUAGAAUAAAUAAAUAUGUAAAUGCAGUAAAAAUCUCAAAAACAUUUUCCUUAGAAUGACUCGUGGUUUGAGUAGGUUAUCCUAAACACUUUAAUUUCCACAUAUAAAACAUACUGGAAAAACUCAUUGGGGUAGUUCUGGUAGUGGUGCCAUUCACAUCCAAAACAUUUAAAGUUCAAUUAAAAAAGCUGUGACAGUUCUUAACAUGAUUAUUCACUACUGUAUAGCUGAGCAGUAUUCUAUUACUAUAAAGCAGUGCAGCCAAACCUUUUUCUUGCUGAAAAUUAUGCAAACAUUUUUCGUUGUUUGCAACCGCACAUCACACUUCAGACUGAAAAGCCUGCCGUUACAAAAUAGUGCCUUGCUUGCACGCUGUGUGUCACAUCUGUGUGUGUGUGUUGUCAUUUAUCAUGUGAGGUUGAUAAAUUUAAAAGGAUGUGGCAAUAUUUCACUUUGCUUCCUCAUUAGGACAUUGGACAUCAUGCCAUGGAUGGAUUAAUCUCUAAGCUCAUUUGAAGUAUUUCUUAUAUAACUUUGUUCUGCUUAUACUCUCAUGACAAAAUUCAUGCAAAUACCUUGCUACACCUUGCAGAACUGCUGACUUUGCCAUGCCACCGUAUGUCUAGGAUUUUCUGUCCGCAAUUAGCAUAAAGUGUCAAAGUCAGGGUUCAUCUUCAUUAUAUGAUACACUGUUGUGUGAGCUAGCCAUCAAGAGUUUGGUUGUACAAAUAUAUGUGUUUGGAAAGCAAUGAAACCCUAAAUGUUAAUUGGAUAGUGAGCUAAGACUAUAUAAAAAGAGAAAUGAUGGGGAAAUGGGUGGUGCAUCCUUUUCUGGCUGUAAUUCAUGGUUAGCACACAAAAACUCCUCUGUUGCAUCACAAUGUUUCAAGAAAAAUAAUUAAUUUGUUAACUUUGAAAAGAAGGAAGUUUUUGAUGUGUAUGGGCAGAGACAUUUCAGUGAUUGUGAUGGUUUUAUAGCAACUACAUUUUUUUUUACCCCAUUACACUGUUAUCAUGAUAUUACUGAUAUCUUCUGCCCAGUUAUUACCUUAAGAUCUCUCUGCUCUAUUACUACUGAAUUACAAAAACGAAACCCUAAUCUUAGCGAUAACCACUCCCUUAUUACCUUGUUUUUAUGAAGAUGUCAAAAUACAUUUAAUAUAAGGAACCAUCUGAAACACCAUGACAACCUAUGCCAAACAUGUACAAAGUACACUGAAAAAAAGGAACCAGUAACCACCCAAGAAGAAAAUUUGUAUACCUUAGGCUUACUGGCAUGCAACCUAAGCAUUUAAUUAAAAAUUUCAGGAGGAAGUGUUAACAUUAUUUUUGUUUUACCCUUGUAUGUUUGGAUAUAGACUGUCUGUGACUGCUGUCUCUCUUGAAAGGCAGAUGGUACAGAAUGUCCUCUUUCAAUGUAUCUAUAUAUAUCUAUGCAGCUUACUACCCAAAAUGCAGUUUGAUUGCAGCGACCAGUGUUGAGUAUGAGUUCAGUAACUGAACGAUAAUUUGUUACACACUCACCGGUCCACUUGAACUUGUAUUAAGUCCGUGGGUCAAAUGACACUAUUAAAAUAUUUAACACGU